AUGAAAGCUGUUGCAACCUUCUUGGUUGUGUUGGAUAUUUUCUCUGCCUGUCAUGGCUGGACCUGCAAAGCCGCCCCUCAGCAGUUUCCUGCUGCACAGGUCGAUGCCGGUCUGGGAGAAGUUGUGUUGACAGACAAUAACUCCAACGUGUUCUCCCUGAGUGGCUCAUCCUGGGUGGAGCUGGGCUCUGUUGCUCUAAAGCACGUCUCAGUUGGACCUGCGGGAAUCUGGGGAGUCAGCUCCUCUAACACAGUCUACAAAUUUGUAGCAGGGGAUUUCAUUCCCGUUCAUGGUUUGGACUUAAAGCAGGUGGAUGCUGGAGGUGAUGCUCAGAUAGUGGGAGUAAACACCGCUGACACCAUUCACUGCCUGAAAAGUAAGGUUGCAUCAUCCUAUGAGGAAGUUGGCACUGUGAGCUGGAAUGAGCUGCCGGGGUCGCUGAUGUACUUCAGCUGCGGCUCCAUAGGAUGCUGGGGAGUCAAUAUGAACUUUCAGAUUUACUUCACGAAAGUUACACCAUCCACCUGUGACAUCAGUGGCUGGAAAAAUAUACCUGGAGCAGCAAGUAUGGUUGAAGUUGGGACUGAUGGGAGUGUCUUUGUUGUAAACUCAAAUGGCAAUAUCUACCAAAGAACUGGCAUCUCAGACAGCAUUCCAGAAGGCACCGACUGGGCCCAAAUCCCCUUUUGUCUGCCCAUCAAACAUGUCAGCUAUGACCUGGGACAUCUGUGGCUCGUCACGAAGGACGGUCUGAUCCUGCAGUGUGAUCAAUGA